UAUCGAUUAUUCAUAUUCAUUUGAUAUUUGUACCACUUCACAUUUCUCUUAAGUCGAUUCAGUGCUCAUGUAUGCAACGAGGGUAAAUCUUUCGGGUUUUUUUAACAGACAGAUGGCUCCAAGUCCAGUUCAAAAGAUGCUCAACGCGCACGCGCAGUAAAGACAACAACAGCACAUUACAACAAAACAAUGGCGACCGCCGUUGAGAAUAUCGUUAAAGUGCUUGGAGAGCAGUACUAUAAAGAUGCUCUUGAACAGUGUCACAGUUAUAAUGCCCGGCUGUGUGCUGAAAGAAGUAUCCUUAUGCCCUUCCUGGAUUCCCAAACUGGAGUUGCCCAGAGCAACUGCUACAUCUGGAUGGAAAAGAGACACAGAAGUGCAGGGACCGCACCAGGACAGCUGUAUUCGUAUCCUGCACGACGCUGGAGGAAGAAAAGAAGAGCUCAUCCUCCAGAGGAUCCUGCUUUGGUUUUUCCUCCAAUCAAAACUGCUGAACUGGAACUGGGCCUAAAGAAAGAUGUAUUGGGCCCUCUGGAUGGAAGUAGUCUGGAAGCCUUACUAAAAGGAGAACCCCUGGAUAAAAGAGUACCCACAGAACUCCGACCUCAACCAGAGGAAGAAACCAAUCUGGCGGAGGUCACCGGACCCAGUGCCCCCAGCACCCAUACUGGCUCCACACGUGUUAGAAAGAGAAUCCUUGAGCCAGAAGAUUACCUGGAUGAUCUGGAUGAUGAAGAUUUUGAGGAAGAGACUCCAAAAAGACGUGGAAAAGGAAAGUCUAAGGGCCGUGGGGUAGGAAAUGGAAAGAAGAAAUUGGAAGCUGCUGCUGCAGCCCAGGAAGAUCGGGAUAAACCGUAUGCUUGUGAUAUUUGUGGAAAGCGCUACAAAAACAGACCAGGUUUAAGUUAUCACUAUACACACUCUCAUCUGGCUGAUGAAGAAGGAGAGGACCGAGAAGAACCUGAGAUUCUUCCACCUCCCCCACCAGAGGAAACCAAGACCCCUAAGAAAGGUCCAAAUGGCCUUGCAUUACCCAAUGACUAUUGUGACUUCUGCUUGGGUGAUUCCAACAUGAACCAGAAAACAGGCCAGUCUGAGGAGCUGGUGUCCUGCUCCGACUGCGGACGUUCAGGACAUCCAUCAUGUCUGCAGUUCACCGCCGUAAUGAUGGCAGCUGUAAAGACCUACCGCUGGCAGUGUAUCGAGUGCAAGUGCUGCAAUGUUUGUGGCACAUCGGAGAACGAUGACCAGCUUCUGUUCUGUGAUGACUGUGACCGAGGAUAUCACAUGUAUUGCCUCAGCCCACCAAUGUCUGACCCUCCAGAAGGAAGCUGGAGUUGUCACCUGUGUUUGGCUCUGCUGAAGGACAAGGCCUCCAUUUAUCAGAGCCAGAACAACUCGAUGGAGUAACUGCGUAACCAUGACAACAGGCGAGCCUGUAUCCCUCACACGUACACACAGAAACCCAUUUGUACUGUGGUACGAUUUUACAGUGUGGUGGACAUGAAGAGGUUAUUGGCCCUGUUUUUUAUUUCACUGUGACUUACACAUUUACACAUCACAAAGAGUGUUUUCAAUGGACUGAGUACACACAGGUGAAGUAUGUAAUAGAUUAUUUGUACUACAUGCAUUAUUUGCAACAUUUCCACAUUAUGUUGGUCCGAAUGGUACAGAUGAUUCGGCAUCUGUUUAUGCAUUGCCAAAUAUUUUUUCUUUUCUGCUUACUUAAAACACAUUUGUUUACAUGAAAGUGAACGUAUGGCCUGAUCUUCCAAGGAUGUUAUUGAUUUAAACAUUUAGUUGUGCAAGCAAUGUAUCUCUGUAUCUUUGUCGUAUGUAAUUAUUUCUUGCAAGUCGUUCUUUCAGGAAGUAAUUGUGUCAAGGUCCAGAUUUAAAAACCGGGAGAUGGUGCUGUAUUAUUAUUAUUAUUAUUAUUAUUAUUAUUAUUGUUAAUAUUAUUUCAUUCUCUAGAUUCACUCAUGUAUCUGUUUUAAUCACACAAAACACUCUCAUAAGGCGGGUUAUCUUUUGUAGUAGAAUUUUGUAUAUGGUAUAACCCAUAUCUAUUACUGUCGACUAAUUAUAUUGAAUUAUUGUCAGUACCGUAUAGUUUUUUGGUAAUUCAUGUUGGUUUGUAAUUGGUAUUGAAUGUAUUUUGCUGUAUUUUUUAUUUACAUUUUUCAUAUUGCCCUUUCCAUAAU